GUGGCAGGGCCAGCUCCCGGUGCCAGCUGUCCGGGACGGGGAUGGACACCCCGAGUCCCCUCCCGGUCCUGAUCCGCAAGAAGCGGGACGGGGAGCGCCUGGAGGACACCGAGAUCCGGAGCUUCGUGCGCGGUGUCACCGAGGGCACCGCGCAGGAGGGACAGAUCGGUGCCAUGCUGAUGGCCAUCCGGCUGCGGGGCAUGGACGCGGGGGAGACGCUGGCACUGACCCGUGCCAUGGCCGGCUCCGGGCGCACCCUGGCCUGGCCACCCGCCUGGCACGGGCUGCUGGUGGACAAGCACUCCACCGGUGGCGUUGGGGACAAGGUCAGCCUGGCCCUGGCACCCGCGCUGGCCGCCUGCGGCUGCAAGGUGCCCAUGAUCAGCGGGCGCGGGCUGGGCCACACCGGGGGCACCCUGGACAAGCUGGAGGCCAUUCCCGGAUUCCGCGUCUCCCAGAGCCCCGAGGAGAUGCAGCAGAUCCUGGCACGCGUGGGCUGCUGCAUCGUGGGGCAGAGCGCGGAGCUGGUGCCCGCGGACCGGGUGCUCUACGGGCUGCGCGAUGUCACGGCCACCGUGGACAGCCUGCCGCUCAUCACGGCCUCCAUCCUCAGCAAGAAGGCGGCGGAGCGGCUCCGGGCGCUGGUGCUCGAUGUGAAGUUCGGGGAGGCGGCUCUGUGCCCCGGCCAGGAGAGCGCGCGGGAGCUGGCACGGAGCCUGGUGGCGGUGGGCACCCGCCUGGGCAUCCGCACGGCGGCCGUGCUGAGCCGCAUGGAGCAGCCGCUGGGCCGCGCCGUGGGCAGCGCGCUGGAGCUGCUGGAGGCGCUGCAGUGCCUGGGGGGCGGUGGCCCGGCCGAGCUGCGACACCUGGUCACCGUCCUGGGCGGGGUGCUCCUGUGGCAGUGCGGGGUGGCCGCGGGCCCCGAGCAGGGCCGGGAGCGCCUGGCCCGGGCUCUGGACGAUGGUUCUGCCCUGGGCACCUUCGAGGCCAUGUUGGGGGCGCAGGGGGUGCCCCCCGACACCGCCCGGGGUCUCUGCGCCGGGACCCCCGCCCAGCGCCGCCGGCUCCUGGGCCAGGCCAAGGUCUGCGAGGAGCUGCCUGCGCCCCAGGAAGGCUGGGUGCAGCGGGUGCGGGCACUGCCCCUGGCACGGGUCCUGCACGGGCUGGGCGCGGGUCGCUCACGGGCCGGGGACCCCGUGAACCCCCUCGUGGGCGCCGAGCUGCUGGUGGGCACCGGGCAGCACCUGCGGGCAGGUGAGGGGGGGCAGCCCUGGCUGCGGCUGCACCAUGAGGGGACCCUCAGCGCCGAUGGCCGCCGCCGGCUGCAGGCCGCGCUGUGCCUGGGCCCGGAGCCGCCCCAGGACCCGCCGCCGCCGCUGGUGGCCGAGACCAUCGUGCCCUCGGGAGCGUUCCCCGGGCCGUGCCGGGACUCGGAGUAA